GCUUUUGCUGAAUUUGCGACACGGUAUCAGAGGGAUUCACACGAGAAAGGCGAUGAAGACAGCAAUGCAGCUGACGCGCUCUCAUCACUUGAUUGUCAUGUUUGCAUCAUCUGAUGUGACGUGUCAGGUCAUCGGAAAUUGAUUCGAAUGACUGAUCAUGAUGCGAUGCAUGGACCUCUUCCAGACCUCUUCUGCGAUAACCCUGGAAUCCUGCAGUCUUUAAACCGUGGCAUGGCAUCGAGUGUUUGGACCUGAAUAUGUCUCCGCUUUCCCGGUACCUGAAACUUCCAUGCAAGAAUUCUACCGGAGAGUGCUUGCAGUACCACGGCAUGCUGUGUACCAGUGGUACGUGCGCGAAAAUGCACGGCGGAAUGAUCAGCUUUGCGGGGACCAUUCAACUCGUUUUCGACACUGGGGAGCUUUGCUUUGAGAACCUCUGGGCAGAACCUUUCCACCUACCAUGGCCUGCAUACUGUCGGCUUGAAUGGCCACUUCGAGUCUGGAUGCCACACCGGACCCUUUGUUUCAGUGACUCAGGCCACACAUGACUGCAGUAGUUGGCUGGUGGGUUCAGUCCAGGCCUGACACGGAUCAAAUGUAGUGGAUGGACUGAUGCGCAGGGACGCGCGAUUUCUCGUGAUAUGAAACGAUGGUCACACAAAAAAUCGCUUUCGUGGGCUUACUGGUCAGCUGGCUACAUCCGAGAAUGACAGGAUCAUGCCAUCCAUCAGGUUGGGGCAUUGCAUUGGCCCUAGCAAGGUGUCUUUGCUUUUCGGGAGCCCAUUCCUUCCCUGUCCUGUCUGCCCCUAAUCUAGAUCUGACAUGAACGGCGGAGAGUCCUCUUUGCCGGCAUAUGCGCCAGCGCUGGGAUCUCUGACGCGUAUAAAAGCCAGAGCGCAUGUGUCUGAAUGCAUCGAACCACUCGAACAACAUGCGCGCCAACGUCUUCUGCCUUCUCUCUGCUCUCGUCGCCUGCGCUGCAGGCAUGGCCGCCCCCAAUGCGGCGGUGGUGACGACCGCUGUGGGCAUCCACCCCGGCAACAACUACGGCGCGCCGAUCCCGCCCUGGGAGACCGGCUGCCAGCCCGGGUGGUACUACGGCCAGCCCAGUAACGCGCCCGCCGAAGUCGCGUCGCUCGUGUACUCCGUCGGCAGUCUGUUUGGCACGCUGCUGUGCGAUCUUCUGCGCCUGCUGCUGGGAUGCGCGUUCUGUCCGUCCGGGCCGCCCCCGCCGACGAUGCUUCCUGGAAGCGGCGCGCCACCGUACAGCAAACCGCCUCCCCCGCCACCUGCUCCCUACGGCUACAGCUAUGGAUUCCAGAAUCUCACGUGCGCGGUCCAGAUCUGGGUGCCGGCGAAUGCGUAUGAGACGUUCGGUCUCGUCGACUCUCCGCAGGCCUGUGCCGACAUGUGCACCGCAAACCAGGACUGCUGGAGUGCGAACUACUACCACGACAACAACAGCAUCAAAAACUCGCCGCUCCUCACGUGCUCGCUGUUCCGCGUCGUGGCCACCCAGAAGGACGCGAUCAACUGCGGCCAGCAGCAGCAGCUCGGCCCGCAGGGCCCUCAGAACUCGAUCACCUCCAGCUAUCUGCUGGUCAAGUCCGGCCAUUAGGUCCAUCCGCUCUUUUUCUUAGACAGAAUUAUUUACAUAUAUCCUUCCCGUUAAUGUUCUGCUUCAGAAUUUAUGGCGUUUACCCAGUUGUCCUCCGAGAAACGGACUUGAGACGGAUUUUUGAGAUGAGGGCUCGUCUCUUCCAUAGAAAUCCGAAUGACCUGAUCUAGAUCAGAAGAACCUGGAUGCUCUGGCACGAGUAGGUCCGCUCAAAGCUUAACUACCAAAUGUUGCGCGUGCCCAGUCGGUUUUGAAAUGGUCAUUCGGCACACGUGGCACUUGGAAGAUCACCAUGCAAGCUUUCUG